GGGAAGGUGAGGAUGAAGGCAGAGGCGGGCCAGUGUGUCAGUGGAGCUUGGGAUUCUCAACGUGGCUGUAUAGGGACGUGUCAGCUACGAGGGUCCAAGUAUGUGGCUGGUGGCUCUACUUUUAGUAGCCGCCGUGCCCUCUGCGCGCCCUACCAGGUGGCAGCAUCCCCAGAAGCAAUGGUGCUGUUACGGCGACAGUAUAGUGAUGGACGGCGAGGUGGCAUUGAGUGUAGCGAACUGUUGCCUUCAAGUGGUAUGCGAAGGAGGCAAGCUAGUGGAAAAACACGUGGGACAACCUGGAGAUAGCAAAUGUUGUCUGGGGUUAGACGGUCAGCUCUACCCUCCGGGAUAUGUGACAAACCAAUGCUUCCCCCUCGAGUGCAAGGCAGGGCAGUGGGUCCCGACUGGUCACAUUAAUGCCUGCUGCCGGCAGUGCUCUAUGUAUUCCGCCAGCCACUUCGUCACGUAUGACAGUCACCACUACGACUGGAAUGGAGUCUGUAACUACACCCUCACGCAGCAGGGAGCCACAUUCAAUCCUGACUUGGGGGUGUUUAUUGACUUGGAAAGAUGCUGGGGUUGCGGCUCCUGUCCUUCCCAAAUAACAUUCCGAAACCAUCCUAAUGAGCUGCUAGUCAUCACCAGAGAAUAUCUCUUCGAUAUUUCUGUGAAUGGGGAAGCCUUCCAUGUACCAACACAUGGUGUUCACAGAGUGAGCACUUCUUACGGCAAUCGCAAUGUCUUUGCUUGGCGGCGAGGAAACUGUCUUGUGAUGGUGGGUUCUUCAAUGUUGGGUUUGCAAUUAUGUUACAACCGCGUGGACGUUUGGGCACAUCCCAGCCUGGCUCACUCCCUUCACGGCCUCUGUGGCCACUACAAUUUUUAUGUACAAGAUGAUUUCACUGACCGAACCGGUCAAGUGCACCAGCUUGCACCAUGGGCCCCGGAACCUUUUCCAAUAUCCUGGAGGACGAACAAACAGACCGACUACCAGUGCAAUCAGCUUUACUCCAGCACUGCCGUGUGCAAUGGAAAGAAGGGUCCAGUGUGCUACGCUCCUGAAUCCCAGAAGUCGAAGUACCGCCAAGCGUGCCAGGGCGUGUUGCUUGCUGUCCUGAAUCAACACUCUGACCUGAACUUCUACAUCGACACAUGCGUCACAGAUCUAUGUGUAUUGUACCAAAGUGGCGCCAGGCACAACCAGGUCAAGGAUGUUCUUGCAAAGCUUGUUGCUCUCGUGAAAGUCCACGUUGAAGAUAAGCUACGAACCAUCGGUCAGGACGGCAGCCAGUCUCCCACCAACCCCGACAUGUGCAUUCUCUCUACAAUGACGAGCUUCACCACUACACAUUCAACAUUUACUACACAUUACACCAGCACUUUUACACCCUACACCAUACACACUGGUACUUCACAAUACAUAAAUACGGACGCCACAUCACCUUACCAGUUGACAGAUCCUUACGAGUCUUACCCCUUUGGAAAUUUAACCUUUUAUCCCACACCAUCUACCUACACUCCGUACAUACCACACACCACGCCUCCUUACGUAUUUCCAAAGCCUUAUGAGACGGAUACCUAUGCUGAUCCUCACACAAUUAACUACGACUCUACCUACGUGGCUCCCUCCUACACUGACACUUUCUAUGUGACUCCAUCCUAUGCUCCACCCCCUUACGUGGACUCUACCUAUGCUCCACCCCCUUACGUGGACUCUACCUAUGUUCCACCCUCUUACGAUGACUCUACCUAUGUUCCACCCCUUACGUGGACUCUACCUAUGUUCCACCCCCUUACGUGGACUCUACCUAUGCUCCACCCCCUUACGUGGACUCUACCUAUGUUCCACCCUCUUACGAUGACUCUACCUAUGUUCCACCCCCUUACGUGGACUCUACCUAUGUUCCACCCCCUUACGAUGACUCUACCUAUGUUCCACCCCCUUACGAUGACUCUACCUAUGCUCCACCCCUUACCCCCUUACGAUGACUCUACCUAUGCUCCACCCCCUUACGUGGACUCUACCUAUGUUCCACCCCCUUACGUGGACUCUACCUAUGUUCCACCCCCUUACGUGGACUCUACCUAUGUUCCAGCCCCUUACGUGGACUCUACCUAUGCUCCAGCCCCUUACGUGGACUCUACCUAUGUUCCACCCCCUUACGAUGACUCUACCUAUGUUCCACCCCCUUACGUGGAAUCUACCUAUGUUCCACCCCCUUACGUGGAAUCUACCUAUGUUCCACCCCCUUACGUGGAAUCUACCUAUGUUCCACCCCCUUACGUGGAAUCUACCUAUGUUCCACCCCCUUACGUGGAAUCUACCUAUGUUCCACCCCCUUACGUGGAAUCUACCUAUGUUCCACCCCCUUACGUGGAAUCUACCUAUGUUCCACCCCCUUACGUGGAAUCUACCUAUGUCCCACCCCCUUACGUGGACUCUACCUAUGCUCCACCCCCUUACGUGGACUCUACCUAUGCUCCACCCCCUUACGUGGACUCUACCUAUGCUCCACCCCCUUACGUGGACUCCCCCUAUGCUCCACCCCCUUACGUGGACUCCCCCUAUGCUCCACCCCCUUACGUGGACUCCCCCUAUGCUCCACCCCCUUACGUGGACUCCCCCUAUGCUCCACCCCCUUACGUGGACUCCCCCUAUGCUCCACCCCCUUACGUGGACUCCCCCUAUGCUCCACCCCCUUACGUGGACUCCCCCUAUGCUCCAUCCCCUUACGUGGACACUUAUGCUCCUUCACCACCCUCUUACGUGGACACUUAUGCUCCUUCACCACCCUCUUACGUAGACUCUUAUGCUCCUUCACCACCCUCUUACGUAGACUCUUAUGCUCCUUCACCACCCUCUUACGUGGACUCUUAUGCUCCUUCACCACCCUCUUACGUGGACUCUUAUGCUCCUUCACCACCCUCUUACGUGGACUCUUAUGCUCCUUCACCACCCUCUUACGUGGACUCUUAUGCUCCUUCACCACCCUCUUACGUGGACUCUUAUGCUCCUUCACCACCCUCUUACGUGGACUCUUAUGCUCCUUCACCACCCUCUUACGUGGACUCUUAUGCUCCUUCACCACCCUCUUACGUGGACUCUUAUGCUCCUUCACCACCCUCUUACGUGGACUCUUAUGCUCCUUCACCACCCUCUUACGUGGACUCUUAUGCUCCUUCACCACCCUCUUACGUGGACUCUUAUGCUCCUUCACCACCCUCUUACGUGGACUCCUCUGUCUAUGCUCCUUCACCACCCUCUUACGUGGACUCUUAUGCUCCUUCACCACCCUCGUAUUUGGACUCUGUCUAUGCUCCUUCACCACCCUCUUACGUGGACUCCUCUGUCUAUGUUCCUUCACCACCCUCGUAUUUGGACUCUUCUGUCUAUGCUCCUUCACCACCCUCGUAUGGCGACUCCAACUCUUCCCCUUUCUCCAUGUUGAGCUUCCCGCCUCUGUACCAAAGCAUUCCCUCCAACACUUAUGAAGGAAAUGACGUAUCCUUCACAGUCUCUUUUUCCCACUCUUUUGUCCCCUAUAUACCUGAUCCGCACAAACCUGAUCCGUAUAGACCUAAUCUUUACAAUCCUGAGUCUCCGUUCAUUCCUUAUGCUCCCGAGACUAUUUACAACAAUCCCUACAACAAUCCCUACAUUCCUUAUGCUCCCGAGACUAUUUACAACAAUCCCUACAACAAUCCCUACCAAGGAAGGGCUCAAGCUGAAGAGGCAAAGAACACCACAUCUGUCACCCCCACCACUACGACACCCGUGACAACCCCACUAGCUGUCUUCUCUGAACAACCCACGACAGAUCCCACAACGGACGCUACUGAGCGGACUACGAUCGCUGCCUCCGCGGACUUUACCACACAGUCGCCAGCCGCUGCUACAGAGGAAGCUAUAGACGAUAAUUCCACGCCCCCUCUACCAGAAACACAGCCGCUGCUACAGAGGAAGCUAUAGACGAUAAUUCCACGCCCCCUCUACCAGAAACACAGCCGCUGCUACAGAGGAAGCUAUAGACGAUCAUUCCACGCCCCCUCUACCAGAAACACAGCCGCUGCCACAGAGGAAGCUAUAGACGAUAAUUCCACGCCCCCUCUACCAGAAACACAGCCGCUGCUACAGAGGAAGCUAUAGACGAUAAUUCCACGCCUCCAGUACCAGAAACUAAUCUUAAGGUAGAGGAAGAAUUCGUGGAAAUGAACUGGAACCCGCAAAUGUAAGCAGUUGUAAGUUUGGCUUCUGAUACAAGAUGUUCUGGCAAUGCUGUACUACCAAAGAAUGUGUGGUUAGAUCUAAUUGUGUACGUAGUUGUUAAUUGUUAAUGCAGUUUUAUAUUAAAGGUUUCAGUUGUGUA